AUGCGGUCCAGAACAGUGGAAGCCAUCGACUUGCACCACUUCGUGCCACCAGACCGCUGGUGUGUGACCAAGGAGGACCUGAGGUUCCUGACCUCCGAGGUCAAAGAGGCCAUCAAGAAGGGGGCGAUUGAGCCUCCGGAGGAUGGAACUGACGACUUCCUUGACUCGCUGGAGCAUGGUCCGAGCAUCUACACCGUCACGGAGCAGCACAUCAAGCCCGUCACCGAGCUGGCGGGCAAGAUGAGCUGGGCCUUGAUGCGGAACCCGGAAGGUUUAGACUGCGACCUCUUCAUCAGCCACGCUUGGCAGGAGGGCAUCUUCGAGUUCAUCUCAAAAGUCCUGCACUCCUGGCCGCGGGGCAGCCGAAAUGCCUGGUGCUGCAUGCUGGCGAACCCCCAGCAUCUCGACAUCUCCAGUAUGCUGGAGUCUCCUCACCGGUCACCCUUCGCGAUCGCACUCGAGGCUUCCUCGGACGUGCUGGUCGUGCCAAAUCACCAUCGUUCGAUCUACACCAGACUCUGGUGUGCAUAUGAGGCCUACCUGGCCCAAGAACAGGGCAAGGUCAUCCUGAUUGCCAGGGCUUCCAACUGGCAGGAACUGCGACAGGCCAUGCAGAACAUGGGAUUGGCGUCGGUGCUGGGGCUCUUGCUUGGCGUUGCGGUCGAUGUAAAAAACUGGAACAUGGUCAUGAACUUGGUUGCCCUGUCCAUGGCAGCGAUCGCGGUUUUAUGGAGUAGUGGCACGGAAAGCGACCGGACCCAGACUACCCUGAACCUGGUGGGAGAGACGCUGGAGCAGCAAACACAAGCGUGA